AUGGCUAGGAAUCAGACUGCUAUCUUGAGUUUACGCAGUUUCUGCUUGAUGAUUUUGCUCCUGUCUGCAUUUUCGUUCAUUUCAAUUCUCUAUUGGUUUCAAUGCUCUGCUCCUUGCUAUUCCAUAAGCCAGAUGGUCUUGCAAAAGCAAAAUCAACCCAUCAAUCUUCUUUAUUUCCCUUCUGCAUGGAAUCAUCUUUCCUUUCCCUCAAAACCACCUCCAAAACUUCUUAAAAUUGCACUCUUUGUGAAGAAAUGGCCUGAUAGAUCUCAUGCUGGAGGGCUUGAACGGCAUGCCUUGACCCUUCAUCUUGCACUUGCCAAAAGGGGGCAUGAGCUACAUGUUUUCAGCACUUCUCCCCUCAACUCCACCUUCCCAAGGUACCCAAUGAGCAAUUUACAUUUUCACCUUUCAAAACCAACAGCUGCUGGUUAUCUGGACCAAGCAUUGGUCUGGAAGCUAUUUCAAACUCAAAACUCAACUGGAAAACCUUUUGAUAUAGUGCACACUGAAAGUGUAGCGCUCUGGCAUGCUCGAGCACGGAACCUGACCAACUUGGCUGUUACUUGGCAUGGGAUUGCAUAUGAAACCAUUCAUACUGACAUCAUUCAAGAACUUUUACGAAAUUCUGAAGAGCCACAGGCGUAUGCAUUGACUGAAAGAGUUACCAAAGUUGUCGAAGAGGUUAGAUUUUUCCCUGAUUAUGCUCACCAUGUUGCUACUAGUGAUCAUGCUGGAGAUAUCCUGAAAAGGAUAUAUAUGAUCCCAGAAGAACGAGUUCAUGUUAUUCUCAAUGGCAUAGAUGAGGAGAUUUUCAAGCCAGAUGCUGCCAAAGGCAAGGAAUUUAAGCAGAAAUUUGGUGUCACAAAGAGGAGAUUAUUGGUAUUGGGCAUGGCAGGGAGGUUGGUGAAAGAUAAGGGACAUCCCUUAAUGUUUGAGGCCCUGAAGCAGAUGCUCAAAGAAAAUGAUACAUUUCGUGAGAACACUGUUGUUCUGGUUGCUGGAGAUGGUCCUUGGGGUCCUAGAUACAGGGAUCUUGGGGCUAAUGCACUUGUUCUGGGGCCAUUAGAACAAGCUCAACUGUCACGGUUUUACAAUGCAAUAGACAUUUUUGUGAACCCAACAAUUCGAGCUCAAGGACUGGAUCACACUUUAUUAGAGGCAAUGCUAUCUGGUAAGCCUGUUAUGGCCACAAGGGUAGCCAGCAUCACAGGAUCUGUGAUUGUUGGAAAAGAAAUAGGCUACAUCUUUUCUCCAACAGUACUUUCUUUGAAGAAUGCACUCUAUAGGGUUUGGGAAGAUGGCAGAGGAGUUCUAGAAAAGAAAGGCCAGGCUGCUAGGCAGUUAGGGUUGCAGUUGUUCACUGCUGCCAAAAUGGCAGCUGCUUAUGAAAGGCUUUUUCUUUGCAUAUCAAAUGAUGAGAACAGAAUGUAAGAUUAUUGUCAAUGCUAACCUCCAAUCCAAUUAAAAUAGCAGCACCAUUGUCUCAUGCAGUUCAAGAGAGCCAGCAAAUUGUUGUACGGAAUUCUGUAACUUCUGUUCGAAAGGUCCUGUCAUUACAAUUAAGUAGUCGGGUUGAAGCUGUGGGAACCAGUUGAAAGGAGACCUUUAAGAAGAAAACAGGACAGAAACCAAAAUCGUAGUGUUACUAUAUAGACAUGAUAAACCUGAAUCCAAUUCACAGGCUGCAAUUUGCCUCAAGCUGGGUGAAAGUUUAAAUUUUCUUGGCCUCUAACAAGGUACUUAUUAUCGGCAGCUACUUUUGUGUAUGGAUUUGCACUUAGCAGACAAAGCUAGAGAGAUGGAUUUUGAUUAAUAUUUAUGAAAAUCCUGAAAGAAAUAUGACAUUUAUACAUGGAACUGUGUGGUUUUGCAAUAAAAUAUGAUGGUGUAUUUAGAAGUGAAAAUGGCUCAACCGCCUGCUGCUUGUGCCAGAACAAUAUCUAAUGAUUUGCCUACUGAAGGCUGAAACCUGUACCUCAGGAAAAAAUAGUACAUGAGCCUUCUCUUUAGUUGCAUGUAUUUCUAGAGCUAAUAGGGAAGAUGCACAAAAUUCUGGGAUUGAACCUGUAAAGCAUCCAUGCGAAUAUGUACAACUGAAGAGGCUCAGAAAUCAUCUAUGUAUUGAUAUUUCUCACAUGCUUAUAAAAAGAGCAUCAGAACAAUAUUCAACAGCCUAGAGUUCUUCAACAUGUCUUUCAUUGAGGCUAAACUCAUAUCAAAAUCAUGUUACUUGAAUGCCUUUACUGGGAUGAGCAUUUCAAGUUGCUGACAUGACCUAACCACAUCAGCUGCUUAUUUAUUUUGCACGUUUUCCAUUAUUCUCACCUAGGCUUCUUGAUUUCCU